GGAAUCCAUGCAACCAGCAGUGACUAACAGACUUCCAGCAUCUCCACUGCGCUACGCCUUUAGUUCGCGUUGGUUUUUUCGGGGCGCUGAAACCUCUUGGCGGCCUCAGCGACGGUGGGUCGGGGUCAUGCAAUUUGCUGCUUUUAAUUGCUUUAUGUUCGGAUUUACUGUUUUACUGGUUUGACUGCUGUGUGUUGUACGGAGUACUCCAAUGCAUCCCAAUUCCCAAUGCAGGCAAUGUCUGGAGAAGUCCCUGGGUAAUCCGCUCCUCGCUGAUUUGCUCUACGGAUCCGAUCUUCCGUCUGCCGGUGACACAGAAAUGAUAGAUAAUCCAUUUGAAUGGACCGAUGAUCCCUAUCGUCCUUCCUUCAGUAAAUUCCCGUCGUGAUGGCUUCUCCGACCGUCCUGGUGGCGGUCAUUCUGCUCGCCCUGCUGCUCUAUCACUAUGUAAUCCAGCCCUACUUCCUCUCGCCCUUGGCCAAGAUCCCCAACGCCCAUUUCACCGCGCCUCUCACUUCAGCCUGGAUUGAACGCCGGCGCAACGCAGGAAAAGAGGUCCUUACAAUCUACGACGCCCAUCGCAAGCAUGGCUCGGUGGUGCGACUCGGCCCCGACGAGCUGAGCGUCAACUCCCUGAGCGGAUUGCGUACGAUUUACACGGGCGCAUACGAAAAGCAUCAAUGGUACAACGAUCUGUUCGUCAAUUUUCACACCGACAACAUGGUGGGCAUGGUGCACAACCAGCCUCAUGCCCGCCAAAAACGCAUGCUCAGCAAGAUCUUCUCCAAGUCGUUUCUCCAGGAUUCCGUCGAUCUUCGCGACAUCUCGCGCAUCGUGCUGUCGCAGCGUCUCCUGCCUAUCCUACACCGCGUGGCGACCGCCGGAGAAGCCAUCAAUGUCUUGCCCCUGUUCCAGGCUGUCGGUAUGGACUUCACCUCGGCGUUUUUGUUCGGCACCCGCAACGCCACGACAUAUAUCCUUCAGCUACCCGAAUGGCAGCAGUGGUUGGACGAGUACGAGCAGUUCAAAGUGAUGAGCCGUGACGAUCGCCGCGAUGGGUUCAUCGAGUCGUGGUGCCUGUCGCUCUGUCGUCGCAUGGAGAAGAACGACCGCCCGAAUGACGUCCCCGUCGCCACGAGCCCUGUCGUAUACGAUCAGCUGCGCGACAGCCUCGAGAAAGACCCAGAUGACCGACCGCGCGAACUAGCCAUCGCAUCCGAGCUGCUGGACCAUCUUGUGGCCGGCCACGAAACCACCGGCAUCUCCUUCACCUACAUGAUGUGGGAGCUGUCGCAGCAUCCGGAUCUCCAGACCGAGCUGCGUCGGGAAUUGCUAACCCUGAGUCCGCAGUUUAGGUUCCCGGUCGCCUCUGAGAAGAAAGACACUCUUCCUGAGAUCCCGACCCCGUCGGCCAUCGACGCUCUUCCGCUGUUGGAUGCCAUCCUUCGCGAGACCCUCCGCGUGCAUUCUCCCGCUCCGGCCCCCUUGCCGCGCGCGACGCCCUAUACGAAGGACGGUGUGUCUUUGGAUGGAUAUGAUAACAUCCCCGGCGGGAUCCGGAUCAGUUCCUCCUCGUACAGCCUGCACCGCAUCGAGGAGGUAUAUCCGGACUCGGAGAAGUGGCAGCCUCGACGAUGGUUGGAGCCUGGACAGGGAAAGAUACACGACAUGAGACGGUUGUUCUGGCCGUUUGGCAGCGGAGGACGCAUGUGUCUGGGAAGUAACUUUGCUCUGCAGGAGAUUAAAAUGGUGAUGGCCGCGGUGUAUACGAACUAUACGACGGAGAUUGUCGACGACGAGGGCAUUGAGCAGGACUUUGCUUUUAUUUCUUUGCCUGUGGGACGCAAAUUGAUGUUGAAGUUCACGCCCGUGGAGGGUUGAUUCCAAGUUGACCAGAUGACUUACGACAUGUGCAACGAAGCGACCUUGGCGCAAGUGUUUGCAGGAUUGACGGAGAUUGACGGGAAUUCUAAUUGGAGGUUCAGAAUGUGCUCAGUUACUCCAUCUAUCAAAAACAGUUUCAUUUGGAGGGGUUUUGUCCUACGCAACCCGGGCUGGUGUCGCACAGUUCCAUUCAUUACCAGACGUUCAUGUUCAAAUGAUCUUUCGAAUGCCUAGUGCGAAAGGUUCUGGGUACUCAAGGAUUUCUUGGUCGGUGGCUGUGCUUCUGAAUGCCAAGUCUGAUUCGGUUUUUGUCCAAGACAUCAAGCUAUACUAUGAGAUUAUAUACGCAAGGAGACCCGGGCUUGGAUGUCGGCCUAGUGAAAUUAAGCUCAAGAUUGUAUCAAGGUGCCUUGGAAAUCAGGUCUUGUUGAGUGAAUUCCCAGUUGCCUGAAGCAUGACAUUGGACUGAUGGUACACGUCAAAUUGUUGCUCUUUUCCAUCCCAUGUAUCGAUCAAGAGUUAUUAUCGCGUACCUUCUGAUCUCGCCACUUGUUAAACGUAUCCUUCUUUUUCGUUUCCUUCUUUCUCAUGAGAGCUAUGCCUACUUAAUCUUAUGUUCACUGCAAAUAUCUACGACAGAUGGCCGGGAGACUCCGCUUCGAGCAGACCCCAAAGCCAAAGGCCGGAUGAUCAUGAUUGGGACACCGUGUCUCACACCGUAAGCCUAAGCCGCAUUCUACUCUGCAAAGGACCUGCAAAAGUUCUGCAGAACUCGUAAUGAGAGGGGCCAGGUCGUCAUCAGUCGACACAAUCGCGACGAACAGGGUGCAGAAGGUCGGACGAUAGACUUCGAUAGAAAAGAUGGCUUUUUCUUGCCACUCCAGAUAUGCGGUG